AUGGCAAAUAAAGAAUGGCAAAAAUGUCGAAAAGAAUCUAAGAUAAAAAUUAAAAAACUAAUUAACCAAUAUCUUGCAGCAAGUUCACCAAUUAUUCGGAUAGCAAACUUUUUUCUCCCCCCGAAUUUACCUAAUUCAAGAUCAUCAAAUUCAAAUCCUAACAUUAAUUUCAACACCAAUUCUAGUACCAAUCCUCUACCUUCUUCCUCAAGGGAGAAUUCGAGAAAAGAGAAAAAACAACUUGAAGAUGAGAUUGUUGAAAUAUAUGAUACUAGAAGAUGUCUGUCUGAACUUCAAAAAAAUCCAGACUUACUUAACCAAAUACAUGAAUGCGUUGAAUUUGGUGCAGCUGAUAAAAAAAGAAGAAAAACUGUAAUAAAGAUGAAACCUCAUAUUGACGAACAUUAUUGUCUUGCAUCAGUUAAAUCAGUUAGAGUGUUUGCAUCAACCUUUGCCAACUUUAGCAUUAUUAUCUCGCAAGAUGAUAAGGCUAAAGUUGGCUUAGUAAAACAAAAACUUAUACCAUCAGUUUACCUAAUUAUUAAUCCUAAAAAUACUAAUGAGUCUCUGCAUCAAGGUCAACUAUCUAUUUAUAUUUGUCUUGAAUAUUUUGUAGAAACUUCUUUAAUAACACAUAUGAAAGACUUACUUGAUAUUACAAAGCAUAAUAAGUAUGCAAAAAUACUAAAACAUGAUGAACAUCUUAAGUCUAUAUGGAUUUUGUUAGUAGAUGGUGGACCUGACGAAAAUCCUAAACAUUUAAAAAAUAUAAUUAAAUAUUGUUGCUUUUUUUAUGAGCUUAAUUUAGACUAUUUAUCAGUUCGAAUGCAUGCCCUUUACCAGUCUGUGUAUAACCCAGUUGAGCACAGUAUGUAUAUGCUUUCUGAAAAGCUUGCCAGAAUUAAAUUAUCAGUUGAUAGAUUUGGAUCAUAUCUUAAUAGCCAAGGAGUAGUUAUAGAUAAAGAUUUGGCAAGGCAUAAUUUUGAAUUUGCUGGUAAGUGUUUAUAUGAAAUUUGGAAGCGUGAUAAGAUUUAUGAAAAGCAAGUAUACGUUGAUUAUGUUAACUAUAAUGAAAACCUAUUUCAAAACAAUGGAAAAGAAAUUCCAUCAUAG